AUGAAGCCAACCCCAAAUGAUUUACAUUUCGACGAAUGCGAUGACCCGGAAGUUAUCGCACUACGCCUGAGGGAGGAUCAUCAACUAUGUCGCGAGAAAAAGAUACCCAGCAGUCUAGCACUUCACUUGCCUACUGCUAGGUGUCCUUUGUUAGAGAGGGUAUCAUGGCACCUGACUCCUCAGAGCGAGGUGCCGAUGGCCCUGCGGUGGGCAAGAUGCGAGAGCAUGAUUCAAGGAAUCAUAGCCUAUCUGAACCAACUGGACACUGUGGCGGACAAUGAUGCGGACGAACCGACAGCUUCAAGUGACAAUAUACCUACAAAUGAAGAGUUUCAAGCAGCACUAAAGGUGCUGGACUACCUUCAUAUGCACAAGUCCAUCUCGCAGCUCGAAUCAUCAAGCCCCUUGUGCGACGUGAUCCUCGCGGUGCGAACACAACUUGGGAUGGACAGCCGCCUGCGAGCUCAGCAUCAUACCUCGCAAGCGCCAGAAGCCCGAAAAGACAAAUACUCCAAAUAUUCCAGGUGCUAUAUUUGUUGUUAUCGCUUCCCAGACUCGGAAGCCCAUGAGUUAUAUCCGUCAUUGUGUCGAUCGUGUGGAAUGUUCAAUAUUGCCUCAUCUCGGCUUUCAUUGCCCGAAAAACUGAAUCUUUCAGGAAAGACCGCUCUGAUUACCGGAGGGCGAAUCAACCUUGGCUAUCAUACUGCGCUACGCAUGCUUCGUUGCGGUGCUCGAGUCAUCGUUUCAUCUCGGUACCCCGGUGAUGCAGCAACUCGAUAUGCAAGGGAGCCAGAUUUCAAGCAAUGGAGCUCACGUUUGAAAGUCGUUGGUGCGGACUUUCGAGCUGCAAGUGACGCUUUCAGGCUCGUACAUGUUGUGAAGGAGCUAUUGCGUACAUGGAAUGAACGGCAUAAUUCUGAUUCGCGAAUGACACUCGAUAUUCUGAUCAAUAAUGCCGCGCAGACUUUGACGGAUCCCGUAAAGGCAGAAAUGAAGGCUAUAUCCCGUGAAGGGGCAUUCAAGGAUCUACCAGAAGCCAAGACACUACUCGCAGGCGGUGUCAGUGUGGACUACCAGCCACGGUUAAGGGGAGGGAUGCAAGCAUCCUGGAUACCGGGCAUUGAGGACGGGCAAACACAACAGCUGCUUGAAAAUGGAAUUAGCCAGGACGCCCUGAAUGGUGGCCAAGUCAUUCAGAAAGGACUUCGCACCACCGGUGACUUCGACUCUGACUCGAAAUCAUCAUGGGUGCAAACUCUGAAUGAGAUCCCGUACGAGGACCUGAUCAGCGCCCACUCGGUGAACGCCUUCGUUCCACUGAUAUUAUGCCGCGAGCUACUCCCUCUCAUGGGUGCAGCCGGUUCAUCGUCGACAUCGACAUCAAAGCCGAUGGGAUACAUUGUCAACGUUUCAUCGCGGGAAGGGAUUCUGGAAGACUUGCCCAAUUCACGAAGCAAGGCUGGACACCAUGUCCACACGAACAUGUCUAAGGCUGCUAUAAACAUGAUUACGGAAACAGAAGCCGGGAAGGCGUGGGAAAUGCGCCGUGUGGCGAUGAAUUCCGUGGACCCGGGGUAUAUGAGUGCUGCACCAGAGUGCCAGCCCAAAAACGGAUGUCCUAUUGGUUUUGAAGAUGGGGCUGCUCGGGUGUUGUGGCCUAUCGCUGUUGGUGAGGUAGAGGACCGUGUUAUCUCUGGGAGAUUCUUAAAGCAUUUUGAGAAAGGAGCUGCUGUUGUUAAACGUAUGAACUGA